AUGAAAGAAACCAAGUACUCUUCGCAGCCGGAGAUAGAAGAAGCAUGCGAUUCAGACGCUUCAUUAAAUGCCAAAAGUAGCAAUGAUCCUCCAAUGAGACUUUCAUUGUACCUCUGCUUGGCGUCACUAACUCUCGUACUUUUUAUAACUGCACUGGAUAUUUUGAUAGUGGGAACUAUUAUUGACGUAGUUGCUGCGCAGUUUGGGAACUACUCUAAAACAGGAUGGCUUGUUACAGGUUACAGUUUACCAAAUGCUAUUCUGAGCCUCAUUUGGGGAAGGUUCGCUUCGAUCAUAGGUUUCCAGCAUAGUCUUAUUUUAGCAAUACUUAUUUUUGAAGCUGGGUCCCUUAUCGCUGCUCUUGCCUCUUCAAUGAAUAUGCUAAUCGUUGGUAGAGUUGUUGCAGGUGUUGGGGGGAGUGGACUUCAAACGCUUUGCUUUGUUAUCGGUUGUACAAUGGUUGGUGAAAGGUCCCGACCAUUAGUAAUCUCCAUCUUAAGUUGUGCUUUUGCUGUAGCGGCUAUUGUUGGUCCUAUAAUCGGAGGUGCCUUUACAACCCAUGUCACUUGGAGAUGGUGCUUCUACAUCAAUCUUCCCAUUGGCGGUCUCGCCAUUAUCAUGUUUUUGCUUACCUAUAAGGGUGAAAAUAAGAGUAUACUUCAACAAACCAAAGAUAUUAUGGGAAAAAUCUCAAGCUUUGAAUUUGGCAAGUUCAGAAAGCAAGUUAAUUCUAAAAGAGUUAUGAACGGCAUAAUCUUCAAGUUUGACUUCUUUGGAUUUUCUUUCUGCUCCGCCGGACUGGUCCUUUUCCUACUGGGGCUAACGUUUGGUGGAAAUAAAUAUAGUUGGAACUCUGGCCAAGUCAUUACAUAUUUGGUUUUGGGUACCUUGCUUUUUAUGUUUUCAUUGGUGUACGAUUUCUUUAUAUUCAACAAAUUCAACCCGGAGCCUGAUAAUAUAUCUUACAGGCCUCUUCUUCUGAAAAGACUGAUAGCAAAACCAGCCGUAAUAAUAGUAAACAUGGUGACAUUCCUAUUAUGUACCGGUUAUAAUGGACAAAUGAUAUACUCUGUCCAGUUUUUCCAGCUUAUUUUUGCGUCAAGUGCAUGGAAGGCCGGUCUUCACUUAAUACCGAUCGUUAUUACCAACGUUAUUGCAGCUAUUGCAAGUGGUGUGAUUACCAAAAAGCUCGGUUUAGUCAAACCACUUUUAAUGUUCGGAGGCUUUCUUGGAGUGAUUGGAGCAGGGCUUAUGACACUUAUGAAAAAUAACUCCACUAGGUCAACGCAAAUUGGUGUCUUACUAUUACCGGGAUUUUCUCUUGGAUUUGCUCUACAAGCAUCGCUCAUGAGUGCACAACUUCAGAUCAAUAAAGACCGUCCAGAGGCUUCUAUGGACUUUAUUGAAAUAACAGCUUUCAAUACAUUCAUGAAGUCUUUAGGUACAACUCUCGGUGGUGUGCUUUCAACCACUGUUUUUUCCGCUUCCCUUCACAACAAAGUGUCACAAGCUCGUCUUGAGCCUUAUGUAGGAAAAACCGUGGAUGACAUGAUUUUAUAUCGUCUUCAGAAUUACGACGGUUCUCAUUCGACUAUUGGAAACAUUUUAAGCGAUUCUAUUGAGAAUGUAUUUUGGAUGGAUCUAGGGUUUUAUGCCUUAGGAUUUUUGUUUUGUAUUUUUUCAUCCAACAAGAAACUGAUCAUACCAAAAAAGAACCCGACACCAGAAGAUAAUAUAGAGGACAAGUAG